GUAAAGCGGAAGUACCGGUACUUCUGUGUAAAUCCAUGCUAUAGCUAAACAAGAGGGAUUUGUUCUUCCUGAAUGCUACUCCUUUUGGAAAGGUGGGAUCAUGGCAAAGCAGCCGCUGGGGAAGACGUUGUUGAGGAACGUAAUCCGCCACACAGGUGCUCACAAUAAGAUCCAGGAGGAGAUGGAGAUGUGGAAAACACGAAACUGGGAGGUCCACACAUCCCACGACAAACAUUUGCCAGAUACAAAGAGUGUGAGGGGCCAAAUGCACUGCGAUCGAGUGUCAGAUCAGCCUAGAGACCUGAGUCGAAGCAGAGAGCGCGUCUCAGAACAUGAUGACCGAGAGGCCCGCUACUGGAGUCGCCAAUUGUAUGAAUUUAAGGCCAGUGAUCCCGACAGGUGGGGACAUAGUGGCUUUAAGGAGCUUUAUCCCGAGGAGUUUGAAAGCAACAGUGAAAAAAGUAGUGCCACAAGAAAGGUCAGCCGCCACAAAAGGAAAAAGUCCAAGUAUGAGACAGAAGCAAGUUUAUCAAAACGAUCAAAAAAAUCCUCUCGAAAGAAGAAAAAGAAAAAGAAGAAGAAAGACGAGGAGGAAAAGAGUAAGAAAGAGGAGUGCUCAAGCAGUGACAGCAACAGCGAGGACAGCAGUCCUACUACCAAAGACAAGCAGCAGAGGAAAAAGCCUAAGAGUCGACACAAAAACAAGAAAACUGAAAAAAGAGAGAGAGACGAGGACAGCUGCUCGGGCGACAGUAAUGGCGAAGAAGAAGAAAGGGAGAGAAGGACUCACAGGCACAAAAAGCGAAAGCAGGACUCCUUAUAAAGACUCGGACUCAGGGCAUAAAAAACAGGAAAGCCGCAGGUAAAGAGAGCGUGGGUGAUAGUUCUGAAGACGGAGACUGAAAGACAUGGACAGACGCACAGCUCAGGUAACAAUUGGGAAAACUACUGCAGAUUCCUUUGUUCGUCUUUACUUCAGAGGGCUUUUCUCUGCAGGGCGACAUCACUAAACCUGUGCUGUCAGCCUUCUCUGUGGGCGCUCUGUGUAGUGAUACCUCAUCCACCUCUGCAGUGGCUUGACGCACACUGUACGGCAAUGCAGGCAGCACGAAGAGGGAAGGUGGGGUAUCCACCACCUGCCUCAAUAAGAAUUAUGUCGGCUGCAGGCUCAUUGAUUGAUCAUUGAUUCGUGCCUCAGACUCAUGUCUGCCUCAUGUGGAGAUGUCGGACCUUAAUUGACCUCCGUUUUUUAUUGCACAUUUUAUUUAAGAAACAAGACACAUUAUGACACUUUCCUCACCAAUUCUUGAAGAAUGUGCAUUUGCUGUUCUAUUUUUGUUUUCAAAUAGUCUAAUAGUUGCAUGCUUGUCAUAGUUAAACAAAAAAUAUGUUGCUGUUUUUAAUAAAAUAUUGGAAUAUCAUUUUUUUUUUUUAA